GUUUUUUGCCUGCCGCUGCCACUGCCAUUGCUGCUGCUGCUGCUGCCGCUGCCGCCGCCACUCUUUUAGUUGGCACGUUUUGUUGGCUCGCUGGCUUUUGGGCUUGGGCUUGGGCUCGGGCUCGGGCUAUGGCAGCUCUGUCUGCUUUGGCUCUGACUGCAGCCUGUCGCGGUCGCCACGCUCGCGCUGCGACGGCCAUGGCGGCGGCGGUGGCGGCGCUUCGCACUUUGCUCUGCUGAAUUUUCAAUUUCAGUUGUAAGCUGACUGCAAUCAGCAGUGGUUCGCCUUGUUUCGUUUCGUUUCGUUUCGUUUCGCUUCGCCUGGGCUCGGUCCGUUUCUAUUCGAUUCCAUUCGAUUCGAUUCGAUUCGGCUCGGAUUGAGUUUCUGUUUACGGCCGAUUUUCGAGUGCUGCGACCAGCCAGACAGACAGACAGUCAGACAGUCAGACAGUCGGACUGUCGAACUGCCCCACUGUCGUCUGUAUUAUAAACACGACGCCCGCUAAACAACGCCGCUGCCGCCCACCUCCCACGCGAGUUUCGCGCAUUUAGUGGCUCGCGCGCAAUUUUUGCAUGUGUGUAACACGAAGGGGCACCUAUACGGACACACACACACACACACACACACAUACUGUGCGUGUCUUUAUUGAUUUUGUAGAGCAACAAAGUCGGCGACAACUGUUCAAGCUGUAGUUGCCCCCCCUCACCCGCGCCAUUUCCUCACCGACCAUGGCCCAUACUCAUUAUGCACACACACACACACACACACACACACACACACAGCUGCAUAGGUAAUUUGCAUUUUAAAGUGCAUUUACUACAAAAGGACAAGCGUAUAAGAAAUCCUAAGAAAUCCCAGUUACUUGAAGCAAGAACAAAUUAGAGCAGAGGAGAGAGUAGAGAGGAAACGUGUGGACCAGAUCCUUAUAGACAGAGCUGUUUUCAUCCUUAUGUACUAAUUGGCUGGCUCAUUCAUGGCAACAGAUCGACUGUCCACUUUAGGUCCAGUUGACCAUCCGAAGGGGGCCUCACUGUGUCUGUCUGUCACUCGCUUGGCUCAUAACUUUAUUGGCGUCGGGCAGCCAAACUUGCCAGUUUCUUGGCAAAAGUAGGCAGCCAGCAGCCAGCAGCCAGCAGCUAGCACCUCAGCACAACAACAACAGCAGCAACAGCAGCUGCUGUCCCCAGCUCAUUCCAAAGCGAAUGCGCGCCCUCCCCCCCAAACCUAUCGCAGCCCCCUGGCGUACAGCUUGCCGCUGUCGCACAUAAAAACGGCAACGACGAAAACGAAAAUUUAACGACUGCGCAACGUGACGCAUUAUUUGUCUGCGCCGCCUUUGCCGUUGCCGUUGCUGUUGCCGCCAUUCGCUAGUUGCCGGUUCCUCGGCCUGGCUGGCGUCUGGCCUGCCUUUAAGCAGUUCAGCCUGCAGCAAGCUUGCCGCAGACUCGCGCCGCCAGAAAUUGCUUUUGCUUGCUGUCGGGCCUGGCCUGGCUGGCUGGCUGGAACUUCACCAACUGCCGCCUGCCCCCUUCCGCCUCUCUCUCUCUCUCUUCUCCCUCCACCCGCUAACUGCCUUUUGCGCGCUGCUGCUGCUGUUUUAGUAUUUCGCACUCUGUGCACGCGGUGGCGGCGACGCUGACUGCGAUGGCAGCGGCUGCAAGCAUUUUUGCAUGACUGACUAACUGACUGGCUACGGCUGAGUCUGAGUCACUCACACACACACACACACACAGACACACGGACACAAAUACAAAUGCGCCAGUUUGCGUUUUGUUUGAAUGGGCCAAAGAGGAGUGCGGCCUGGUCAUGGAGCGAAGGGUGGGGGACGCGCUGACUGCAUGGCUGUCGCAGCCUGGCGUGUGUUUAUAAUUUGAUUUUGCUUCUUUCUUUCUCUCUCCGCUUCGUUGUGUGCGUUAGCGGCGGACCAGCAUUUCCUGUCGCUGCUAGGCCUACGAGCUUCACUGUGGACUGUGGAUGAUGGGGGCACGGGCAUGCGAGAGUGAUGAAGAGUGUUGUGACGGUUGGAGGGGUAGGGAGGCAGCCGUCUGCUGCAUCUGCUGCAAAUUCGUUGGCACGCCAAGCAACAGCAACAGCAACAGCAGCGGCAACUAAAACUGGCUGCAACGACGGCAACGUCGCAGGCCACGGAAUCUUAAUGAAGUUAUUGUGUUGUGUUGUUCAGUUCGUCGUUUCGACUGCCUGCCCAGCUCCUCGUUGCUGUAUGGCUGUGCCAUUUACAUACACACACGCAAGCACUUCAAACAAACACACACACAGAUAAAUAUGUGCAGACACAUAUACAUAUACAUAUGAAUUAAGCUUUUGCCAUUGCCAUUGCCAUCGCACAUUCAGCUAGGCCUAGAGUCGCAGCAGGAGAUUAGCCAUUGGCCACCCAAUUGGCUUCAAUAAUUAUUACGGUGAAACAGCAAGAUGGCAACGAUAUUAUAUUCUGUCGAAGACAUGUUCCAACAAUGCAAAAUAUGAGAUUUUAUCAUAUCCCAACUUAACGAAUUAACCGUAUUACUAUAAGCUUUCAGUUAGUCUAGUUGAGCUUUUUUUUCUUUCUGAAAUUAUUGUCGCGUACGCAAAAGAUCUUGCUGUCUGUCUUAAGCACUGAGAGCAAAGCACGUGCUCCCUGUGAGCGCUCUUUCUAUCCAACGGUAAACGACAAAUUCAAAUACUAUGCGACUCUCACAAUAACAAGACUACAGUUAAAGCUUGCAUUAAGAAUACAUGCAUUAAGCAUAGGAUUGGGGUUUUACUCAAUGAAGCCGGGCUCACUCUCCCACAACCGAAAACGUAACUGUGUGUGCUCGUGUACGUGUGUGUGUGUGUGUGUCAGUCAGUCUGUGUGUGUAAAGUGAGAGUAAAUUGUCUGUGAGAUGGUGAGCUGUGUUUUGAAUUUGCAAUUGCAUUCGUUGUUGGCAGGCGACAGUAGACAGCAGACAGCAGACAGCAGAUUGCAGAUAGCAGAGAGCAGAGAGCAGGCGUGUGUGAAACAAGUAAAACGAAAAAUCAAAGUAAAGCAAAAGGCCCGUUAAAAUGGCGCCAAAAAAAUCAACAAUUGUUCUAAAUGUGGAGCAGUUCAUUCACGACAUCGAGGAAAGGCCGGCGAUAUGGAACCGCAACUUCCACUGCAACAAGGCCUUCUUGGAGCAAAUGUGGGACGAGCUGAGUGGCACACACAAGCUACCGAAAAUCGUUCUGAAAGCCAAGUGGAAAGGACUGCGGGAUAACUUCAGGGUCGAGUACAAGCGCAUACCGCGCGCAGACAACGGCGACUUUUUGGUGGAUCCCGCCACAUUUGAGUCCAAGUGGUUGCAUUACUACGCCCUGCUCUUUCUGACGGAUCACAUGCGCCAUCGUCUGCCCAAGAACGAGCAGGAUCAGUCGUAUUACUUCAACCAGCAGAGCCAAAGCGAGGACUGCGAGAAGACCGUGGUGGAGCCAGACCUCACCAAUGGCCUUAUACGUCGCCUGCAGGACAGCGACGAGGAUUUCGAUGAGGACGACAUCGAUGGCGACGCUGGCGGCGAGCCCAGUGACGGCAGCCUGGAUGGUAUGCCCACCCCGCCAGCGGCACAUCAACAAACUCAAGUGAGCACAACCCCGCUGGCCACGGGCGCGCUGAAAGCGCAGGAGGAGGCGUUUGCCGCAUCACACCAGCACGCCCUGCUCAAGGCGGGCCUGUUGCGUGCCCAGUUGUUGGAGUUGGAAUUGGAAAGGGAGGCACAGGACCUGAGUAAGAAAUCAACACAGACUCCUGUAGCGACUGCGAUGGCAACACUCAUGGCUCAGGAAAUACCCGCCGCUCCCGCUCACUGCUCCCCUCCGCCGAUGGUGUCCACCACCACCACCAGCAACAGUGCUGUGGCCACAGCGACGCAGCUGGCCGGCACAGUAUUGGCGGCAGCGACUACCACCUCCAAUACAACCGGCAGCUCGGGAGCCAUGGGCGCCAAGCGCUCGGUGUCGCCACCCCCGCUAUAUAACAAGGCGCAUCAUCCGCUGCCCACACUGGCCGUCGGCCAUCACACGGUCGGCGCCAAGGAGGACUUUGGCGGUGGCGCUGUCAGCGGCGGCAGCGAGCAUCUGAAUUUCACACAACACUCGUAUGCGAAUGGUCUGAUUCCGGCAUUGAAGCUGAAGCGGCCACGGCUGUCGGAGGACAGCAAUUUUAAUGGUUCCUCCACGAUGGAUGCGCCGUUGGUGCCAGAGGAUGACGACUAUCAUUACUUGCUCAGCCUGCAUCCGUACAUGAAGCAACUGACGGCUGCGCAGAAACUGCGCAUACGCACCAAGAUACAGAAGCUCAUAUUUAAGGAGCUCUACAAGGAGGAUCUCGAGGAGUCCAAGUAGUUGCCCGUUCCCAAUUUCCAUGAAUAUAAAGACUGUAAAUAAGCAUCCCUAGUUUGUAAGGAUUAAAUCUAAUCCAUAGUUAUCUAUGCCAUGCGACUUUAUCCAUUUCUAGUUGAGCGUUGCCACCGGCCCGCCCAACCACCAACGGGCUCUGGUGCGCGCCAUUUAGCCUAAGCUCAAAGAUCUGCAAAUAAAAACCGUAAACGUUCAA